AUGGAUUCCAUCAGCGGAAAAAUCGAUGAAGUCGUCGAACGACAUCAGAUGAUUCACUAUUCUCUCUUCAAAGAUGGAUCGACCUCCGUUUCCAGUGUUCACAACGUGCCUCAAUCGGGACAGUUUAUAGUGAAGGCCCCUCAUAACACCAUUAUUCAAAUUGAAACUCGAAGAUUCACUGGUCGACACGAAAAACAUGAGGCAAUUCAAAUCAAGGUGGAAGCAAAGAUCUUCAUCGACUCAGCUCUGCAUUGGCUUCGCACCAAGUUUUUCUGGAAUUGCAUUAUCGGCGGAGCGGUGUUGGUUGCAAUCGUCGUGUUCUUUGUCUUGGCAUACUGCUGCUCCUGCUGGUGUUUCGUAAGGAAAGGAAAGAAAACUAAUAAUUUGUCUGAUGUUGUGUAA